CUCAUUUUUUUUCCCCAAGAAAAGGACCAAAACCAUUAAAAGCUCUUUCUUUCUCACGCCUCUCACCGUUUAUUCUCUUCUCUGUCGAUCGCCGGAAGGCCUAACAACGGAGAUUAGGGUUCCGGUGGGAAUAGGUUUUAAAUUAAGUUUUUUUUAAUGGCGUCAGAGGAUGUAGUAGGGAAGAGAAGCGAGAGUGCGGUGACGACAAUUGUGAAUUUGGCGGAGGAAGCUAAAAUUGCCAGAGAAGGAGUUAAAGCUCCUAGUCGGCAUGCUCUUCUUAGCAUUUGCAAGUCUCUCGCUGCCGGUGGCAUCGCCGGUGGAGUGUCACGUACUGCAGUUGCUCCUUUAGAACGGUUGAAAAUUUUGCUCCAGGUUCAAAAUCCUCAUAGCAUCAAAUACAAUGGAACUGUUCAAGGGUUGAAAUAUAUAUGGAGAACUGAGGGUUUCACGGGAUUGUUUAAAGGAAAUGGCAGUAAUUGUGCUCGCAUUGUCCCAAACUCUGCUGUCAAGUUCUUUAGUUAUGAGCAGGCAUCGAGACAAAUCUUAUGGUUCUACCAGAAGCAAACUGGGAGAGGGGAUGCUGAACUCACCCCAGUUUUACGCCUUGGAGCUGGAGCAUGUGCUGGAAUAAUAGCCAUGUCUGCAACAUACCCAAUGGAUAUGGUACGAGGUCGGCUUACUGUCCAGACAGAGAAGUCGCCUACCCAAUACAGAGGUAUUUUCCAUGCUCUAAGAACAGUAUUCAUGGAAGAAGGGCCUCGUGCAUUGUAUAAAGGGUGGCUUCCUUCUGUCAUAGGAGUUAUACCUUAUGUGGGUCUGAAUUUUGCUGUAUAUGAAUCUCUGAAGGAUUGGUUGGUUAAAAGUAGACCACUUGGACUGAUUCAAGAGUCUGAGUUGAGUGUAACAACAAAACUUGCAUGUGGUGCUGUUGCUGGAACCGUUGGCCAAACAGUGGCUUACCCACUUGAUGUCAUCCGCCGGCGAAUGCAGAUGGUAGGUUGGAAAGAUGCUGCUUCAGUAGUUACUGGUGACGGGAAGAGAAGGGUACCUCUGGAAUAUUCUGGUAUGGUAGAUGCAUUCAGAAAAACAGUUCGCCAUGAGGGAUUUGGGGCUUUGUACAAGGGUUUGGUCCCUAAUUCAGUGAAGGUGGUUCCAUCAAUAGCAAUUGCAUUUGUGACAUAUGAAGUUGCAAAAGAUAUUCUUCGAGUUGAGAUGAAGAUAUCAGAUUGAAACAAAUGGAGGAAGUUCAGAAUAUGCUUUGCAGCAUCAUACUAAUUUUGCAAGUUGGAGCAGUGGAAAGGGUAUUGAGCAGGGAUGGUGGCCUUUUUCUUUUAUACCCUGCUUAGAGUCUAUUUCCCUCAUUGUUUCACAUGGUGCCCCUGAUAGGAUUGUUAUGCACCUUCUUCUAGCAUGUGUUCACAUAGCUCAUCCUAUACACCUAUAUUUUUGUUUCUCCUUUGUAGCUUUCUUAUGCGCUCCAAACUUGGCCAAUAAAUGUGUAGAAAUGAUUAUGUAGAUGUACGUAUUAGGAAUUUAGCUUGCUAUGCGCUGUUAUCUUUGUGUAAUUGAUUAUUUAGAGAUGAGUUUGGGUUUACAUUGUUGACUA